CAAAACAACGCUAGUUAGUAAUGGAGAUCCUGGGGCAAGAAGUGAGGUUACCGGAUCGCAGUACGUCGCCUACACCGGCUCUUACACCAAGCGGAGAGCGCAUCGGAGAUGGCGCUCAGCCCGUGUGUUCUUUGUGUCUGUCCGGUCCUGGAAGAUACACUUGCCCCCGGUGCAAUGCACCCUACUGCAGCCUCGCUUGCUACAGAGGGCCCAGGCAUGAGACGUGCUCCGAGGCCUUCUACAGGGACUCCGUACUGGAAGUGCUGCGGGCUGAGCAGGCGGAGCCGCAAGGUAAACGGCAGAUGGAGGAGAUGCUUCUUAAAAUGAGGGAAGAGGAGGCCGCGGAGGAGCAGGCUGUAAACAUGGGCGCAGUGCACGAGCUGAAUGAAGAGGAAGCCGGACUAUGGGGUUCUCUUACUCAGAGAGAGAGGCAGGAUUUCCUUAGGCUGCUGAAGAGUGGAGACAUUGGAGCCUUAGUCCCGGAGUGGAGACCAUGGUGGGAGGCAGCCCAGCUCUCAAGCAACAAAGACAACGCCGGGAUAUUGGAGCUUCCUGGGGGAGAGCUGAACUUGAAGAGUCACCCGGAGAAGCUGGGUAGAUGCCCAGAGUUACCGAGUGCAGAUGGAGAAAAAUGUCAGGACGCGCAAAGCAUCCCCAAACCUGUAAGUCUACAGGAACAAGGAGCUGAUAAAGUCAAUGUAUUAGGCUGGCAAGAGGGUGAGGAGCAAAAUAAAACCUCUGGCCAGGAAACCUUUGAAAGUCAAGGUAAUCAGAAGAUGGAAAGACCUGGGACCAAAACUGGGACCACCUCUCAUGGUCGCCAAGCUUGUUCACCAAAUAAGAAGGAUUGUGCUAAUAAUGUGUGUGGUUCAGAUACAGAGAGGACAGAAAUAAUACAGGACAACGUAUCUGAAGGUGAUGCAACAGGAAGAUCUUGUCCAAAUGUAGCAGGUCAACCUUUGCUGUCCAGCAUUCCACCUGCCUUUAGUUCUAUCCCACCCUUGCGCUCCCUUAGCAGUAAUCCUUCCCACUUGGUACAGUUUAGUGUUGUAAAUGCUAUUUAUGGUUAUGCCUUUUCCCUUUGCCGUCACAAUGGUGAUCUGGAUAAUGAAGACAUGUUGCUGGAUUUCACAGGAACUUUGCUAGGUGUCUCUGGUACACUCAGCUCGGCUGUAGUUUAUAAUGACACCGUACACGCGCUACAGAGUGCCAUUCGUGCAGCAUCUGACCCGCUGUUAGGUGGCGAUGAGGGGGGAGCCUGUUCUGCCAUUGAAGCUACAUCACUCAUCCUCCUGGGAGAUGGUAGCAAAACCUACUCACUGGCUGCUUUAGCUCAUACGUUUCAUGUGCUGAGAAGGGUCCGUAAAUUAAUAUCUGAGGACGAACGUAUGAGAAGAGUGGUUUUCAAUGCAAAGAAGAAGUGCAUGUUCCUGGCAGCAUGGGUAAAUGAAAAUGAUAACCAUUUGCCUAUAUUGUCUGAAAUGGUGAGGAAAGAGUACCAGCAGCACCUGGAAUACAUGAGUGGAUUAAAAGAGAUAUCUAGUGGACUCCAGAAAAUCUGGGGUGGAAAAAGACCACCACAAAAGAGGGUGCUGAUUGAAGAUGUUAGCGCUGGCACAGCAUGAGAAAUUGCUAGUGUUUUAUUGUUGUAUUAAAAGAGAGCUAUUUUUUCACUGCACCAUUUUGUAUGAUGUCAUUGGUUGGUUUUGUAUGAUGUUGUGUGUUUCAUUGGUGUCCUUUGUGUCCUACUUUACAGUAAUAAAAAUCCAAUGGAAAGAACAA